AUGGUUACUAUCAAUUUGGACGCAUAUUUCAUCCACAAACGGUAUGAUGAUGGCCUAUUGCAAUUUUUGAAAAAUGAUAACUAUGAGGAGGCACAUACAUAUCGAUUGACGAUGAAGAACGACGGGAAGUUGGACCAGUUAUAUAAUGUCACUAUGGAUUUGAAGUUUGCUAGUUGGGUUAACGAUGACAAGCAAAAAAUAUUUGACCUGGCAGACGAACAAUUGAGGCUCUUCAACCGGAUUGCUGAAGUUGAGACUGACUGGAUCGUUUAUCCGCUAUACUAUGUUGCUCACCAGUAUUUACAAAUAGCACGCAAGAUUCGAGUAAAAGAUGACAAGAUGGAUAAAAAUGCCUACUUGGAACGGUGUGGUCGUGCCAUUCAUCGUAGUUUUAAUCUGUGCCUGAAUGAUCGUAAUCCAGAAUUGCACGAAGACAGAAAGACGGGAUGUUACCUACUGGCAAACUUAGAAUUCAAACUGUACCAUUUACUAGGAAAUCGAGACAUGAUGAAGAAUUUGGUCAAAGUUUUGCAAAGCCGCGGAGACGAGAUACCGCCAUUGGCACAGAGUUUAGCAGCCUUACACUCCAAGCACUUAGUUAUGUUCAACUACUAUAUGGGCGAAUACUACGGAUGUUACGAAAGUGAUUUCACGAAAGGACAUAGCUUCCUAAGCGAAGCGCUCUUAGAGUGUGCAACAAACAUCUGUGAUAAACAAAUCGACAAGAUACUUAUCCUUCUAAUCCCCUUUGCACUACUCACCACAAGACAAUAUCCGAAUGUAAAUGUGUGGCAAGAAAAACUAACUGACAAUUUUGUUGCCCUAAAAGUACAUGAGCCCAUAGUAAGCUGUCUACUGAACGGAGACCUAAAGACGUACGACACCAAUUUCGCUAAAAACGAAAUCUUUUUCCUACAAAAUGGUCUCUACGUAGCAAUGUCACUGUUACGCGAAUUGGUAUUCUUACGCUUAGUCAAGAACUGCUGGAAAUUUACAGGUAUGCCUAGCGUACUACAAUUACAAGCAGUGGCUACAGCAUAUUCCAAAAGUGCACAGGGAUACAAGAAACGCAAGCCGGCGAAAGCGGACGAUUUGCUACUGGAUGAACUAGAGUGUCAAUUGGCAAACUUGAUAGCCAAGAACCUCGUCAAAGGCUACUUAUCACACGCUAACCGCUGUUUAGUACUAAGCAAGAAGUUGCCCUUCCCAAGUCAAUCGACCUGA